CUCUCACCCUCUCCUUCCCCUUCUCAUAAAGGGGCUCUCUCUCUCUUCUCUCUUCUCUGCGAGGUGUCUCGCCCACCUCACAGAGAAGAAGAAUCAGAGGAAGAAGAAGAAUAGGAAGACCAAUUUAGAGAGCUUCUAUUUAACAACAACAACUUUCCCACAUCAUACUGCGUACCUAUAUACAUAUAUAAUUAUACAUAAACAUUUAGAAUUUAUCAUGGAACUUCACUCCCCCACCGCGGCGAAGAAGCUAUGGAGCUACCUCCGCGCCGUGUUCUUCAUGAUGCGCAAGGGCCUCGUAUCCAACAAACGCAAACUCCUCAUAGACAUGAACCUCUUCAUGAAGAGAGGCAACAAAAUCCUCGGGAGGUCCCUCACCAACCUCAUCUUCCACCACCACCACCACCACCACCACCACCACCCUCAUUCUCAGCGGUCGCAGAGUAUUGCGGCAACAACGAUGACGAUUAUGCGCGAGUACGAGUUCUCCUGCAGCAACAGCCCCAAUCCUGUUUUUUUCCGCGGGCGCCGCCACGCGUACUUCCCUUGCCUCAACGCAGUCGUAGAGGACGAGGAGGACAAACAUUCGUGGCCUUGUGCUCCCGCGGCGCAGAAGAGAAUUGAGUACUCGCCGCAGUCGUCGUCAUCGUCGACGACGGCAACAACAUCGCUGUUAGCGGAGGAGCUUUUCGCUCCCGGGGAGAGGCGCAGCCCCUCGCCGACAUCGGUUCGGAUUUCGGAGUACUACUCCGAUGAUGAUGAUGAUGAUGAUGAGGAGGAGGAGGAGGAGGAGGAGGAGGAGGAGGUCAAAGAUGGAGACAACGGGGAGGUCGACGACGAGGCGGAGGAGUUCAUCAGGAGAUUCUACGAGCAGUUGCGCGCACAGAGACGCAUCGCCUUGUUUGAGUAUCAGGAGGAGUACCAGCACAUGCUCGCGAGAGGGACAUAAAUUACAUCUAUAUAUACAUACCUACGUACGCUACGUACGUACGUACUAUAUAUGUGCAUAUAUCUAUAUAUGCAUGCAUGCAUGCGUGUUUAUGUGUGCUUGUGUGUUAUGAUCCCUAUGGUUUUGGAUAUUAGGGAUUAAUUGAUCAGGGCUUGUUGAUGUAAUUUCUGUUUUUCUUUCUUUUUUUAUUUUUACUGCAUCAUGGGCAUUAAUUCAUCUAUCCUAUAAUUAAUGUAUCUAAAUAUUGAUAUGUAGAUGUCUGUUGGUAUGAUAUAUAUAGUUAAUUAGGAGGAGUACUAUUGGUGAUCAGUACUCCUAGAAAUUUAAUUGUGAGUUUAAUUGUGUGGAGUGCUGGGUUGUAUCUUUUUUUUGUUUUUGCGACACCCACCCAUCAUGUAUCUAUUUGUUAAUUUGUAUUGUCGAAAUUAAUAAUAAUUCUGUUUGCUGUAAAA